AUGACUUCAUCAAAGUCUCGUCCUGAUGAUCUCCAACGCCAGCACGUUUGGCUUGCCAUCGCUGCUAUAAUCAUCUGCUCUCAGAUACAACUAGCUAAUAUGACGCGAAAGGCUCCUAAACAGCCAAAGGCCCAGUGGGGUUUUGAUGAGAUUGAUGCCAUGCUCACAUAUCUUAUCACAGAGAAGUCAUCACUGGCAGGGGCAACAUUCAAAGACACGAUAUACAAUCAAGCUGCAAUAGAGAUUGCAAGCAAGCGGACACAUGGGCCUCCCAAAACUGGGGAGCAGUGCAAGAGUAAAUGGGGGACGUUAAAGACUACUUUCCAAGCCAUCCGGACGUAUCACUCUAAGUCAGGCUGUCAUUGGGAUGAUGAGCAUGGGGCCAACAUCGAUGGGCCCGCCGCUGAAGCUGUGUGGAAGGAAUAUGUUGGUAAGAAGUCCAACUCGCCCAUGAAACCAUUCAAAAAUAAUGGUUGGCCUUUCUAUUCAAAGAUGGACCAAAUCCUCCCCGAGAAGAGCACUGCACAAGGAACGGCUGCAUACAACCCUGCCCAAUCAGCUGCACCGGCCAUGGAGCAACCAGUUGCAAGCACAAGCAGCGCACCUCAUGAUGCUGACAUGAGCAUGAUGGAUGUUGAAAGCAUGGGGCCACCUCCUUUUAUUCCGAACCUCUUUCCCAUCGACACCAGCGUGGCCCAGCGGCCUCCUUUCAUUCCUGAUCUCACUCCCAUGAAGCCCAGCAUGGCCCAGCCGAACCUCGGCUGGGGUGCUCCCCCCCCUGGUCCUAUAUUUGCAGGUGGCAGUAUCAGUGUUGCCCCCCCCACGUCCGUCCCUAUGUCAUCAGGCUCCAGCACUGGCAAGCAUUCACACUCCGAGAUGACCCAAGGUCAUUCGGCUCCUCCCUCCACCACCUACACUUCAGUGUCGCAGGUGACAAAGCCGGAAUCGGAGAAGAAACCAAGGCUGUCAACAGCCAGUGGUAAGACGCGCCCAAGCACAAGCAAGAAGAACAUUCAAGACACUGCCAACACAGCUGUGUUGAUGAAUCUUCAAGGCACUAUCAACCGCCUGUCAGAUUCAUUGAACACGAACUUUGGCACUGACGAGGCUCAUGUAGCUGAACAUAGGUCGCGCACACUGAAGUUAAUGCAGUCGGCUACAGGGAUCUCGAAGGACGAUAAGGUGAUUCUCAUGCAUGUGUUCAUGACGAAUGCAGCAGCAUGUGAUACGUUCUUAGAUGUUGAUGACCCUGAGCUGCGCGAAGCAUUUUUAGAAUCUAUGAUUGCCUGUGCCAAACAAGAGAACCCUACCAUGUAG